AUGCAUAUCCUCGGCAUUGCCAAUGGCUCCCUCAACGGGAACUCAGAAAUCCUCCUCAAGGCCGCCCUGACUGGUGCCUCGAAGUACGAUCCCUCCAUUACUUCGUCCUGGCUGCAUUCUCCGUCUGUUCAAGUCCCUCGGAAUCCUGCCCCGCUGCAAGGCGCCCAGGACGUGUCGGCAGGCACGAACGCCGUGAUGCGCAGUGCACAACCAAACGCCGACACGGACCUCGAUGAUCGGGCCGCCGUCUUGAACGCCAUCCUCGACGCCGACGCUCUGAUCAUCUCCACGCCGAUAUACAGCCACCAGCCGGCAGGGAUGCUCAAGGCGCUGGUGGAUCGCAUCUUAGGCCCCUUUGUGGAUGCCGCGCUGGCGAAGAAGACGAUCGAAGGUCGAGAAUCGGGCGAUCCACGAUUCCAGGGUAAAGAGAUUGAUUCGAGACUGUUGAAACCUAGGGUGGUGGGUUUCAUGGCCGUCGGGGGAUCUACCAUGUCUGAUCAGAUUACCAUGGCGCUGCCGACGCUGCAUAACCUGGUCUAUUCGCUUCAUGCGAAGGUCGUCGACCAGGUGGUUUUCCAGGGCUAUGGUGCGCCGGGCUCAGUGUUGGUGACUGGGACAGAGGAUGCGCCGGCGCGAGCCCAGCAGCUUGGGAGGCAUGUCGCGAGUCAGCUGGGGAAGACGUUCGACGAGGCAGAGUAUCUAGGUCCAGUGCCAGAAGGGGCUUGUCCGUUCUGCCAUUUAGCGAAGAUUGAUUUGUUCUGCACAAGGGACAAUGCCGUCGGAUGUGUGACCUGCGGGGCGGAAGGAAAGCUGGAGGUCGGCGAAGACGGAGUGAUUCGCCCCGUGUGGAACGAAAAUAGCUCCAUCUCCAGUAUCACCAUGGCAGGCAAGGAGAGGCAUAUUGAGGACGUGAUGAGAACGGGGAAGCAGGAGAUGCAGAGGCUACAGUCCGAUUCGGCUCUCCUGCGCAAGCAAGAAUAUUGGCGUGGAGUACGAAUCCCCGUUGUGGCUCUUCCCAGUAAUCGCAAUUUCUCUCAGCGGUUAUAA